AUGGAAGUCUAUCGAUUGAUAAUAAAGUAUUUAAUUGUAUCCACUACUUUAUUUCAAUGUUCAGUAACAGUCAAAUUUGUGCGAACAAUCGAAGCUAUAGGAUUACCCUAUUAUAAAAUUUCUUUAAAACUGGGAACCUGCCAAGAAAGUAUCCUCUUCUCCGAAAACAAGGCGUGGCCAACCGCUCGCAUGAACAGAAUUAUGGAUAUAUAUUAUAAAAGUGAAAUUAGUGAAUUCACAGUAUCCAGCGUGGAAAUAAAAUUAGUAAUUAAUGAUACGGACUGUAUAGGAUCUUCUAACUCCGGUGUUGGUUAUUCAGAAUUUUCAGCUACAAUAUUUUUAGCAACCAAUAUGGCUGUUUUAUUUUACAGUUUAACAAUAUACACAUAUAUAAAUAUUCUGCUAUUAGAAAAAUCAUUUAAUACCUACGAUAAUUUCAUACCAUAG